GGCAAGUUUCUCUAUCUUUUGUCAUGAUCUAGGGUUUCGCACACUUCUUGUAUUGUAAUAGAGCUUAGCUGAUUCUGUCUUGCUACUCCGAUGUCUCUUUUGUUGUAAAUAAUUAUACUUCUCUGUCUGAGCAUGUGUUCACUGAAGAAGAAGAGAAAAGAAUACGGACAGCAGCUGCUGCAAGCCAGACCAUGAAAGUUCAUCCUCAUCGUCUUCCCAAUCGAUCGACCUACUCAAGGCUCUAAUCCCCAAUUAUCUCCUUUAGUUCCCUUAACUAUAAUCCACAAAAUUACUCAAUCCUUAUUCUUGUCUCGAUCGAGUUUCAAUAGAAUAGAUUAAUCAAGCUAUGAUGGGGAGCCAGGGAGGCUCUGAGUGCUCAAAGACAAGUCCCUCGGAUAAACAAAAUGAGGACGGAAGCGAAAGCGGGGAGAAUUACGGCAAUGGAGAAAGUAGUAAACCGAAAAACAACGGAGGAAGCUCAAGCAAUAGCACAGUUGAAGAAGGUGAUCAAAAGAAGGUAUCAGUUAGACCUUAUGUUAGAUCCAAGAUGCCUAGGCUCCGAUGGACAACGGAUCUUCAUCUUCGUUUCAUCCACGCCAUGGAGAGGCUUGGUGGUCAAGAUAGAGCUACACCAAAGUUGGUUCUUCAGCUGAUGAACAUUAAGGGACUAAGUAUUGCACAUGUCAAGAGCCAUUUACAGAUGUAUAGAAGCAAGAAGAUCAACGACGCAGGCCAAGUACUACCGGAUCGUCAAGGCCGUCUUGGUGAAUGUGGAGAUAAAAAUAUUUAUAACCUCAGCCAACUCCCCAUGCUUCAAGGAUAUAAGUUAUAUAACCGAAGCCACACUACCAGCUUCAGGUUACAAAUUAACAUUUUACUCAAAUUAAAUUAACAUUUCCCUUAACUCAAAUUACUAUUUUCAUGUACAUAUAUAUGAAUUGAAUUUCACAAAAGAUUCUUUCUUUCUUGAUUUUCCCAAGAUAUGGAUCAUACGGGGAUGCGAAUUCUUGGAACGCGUUUGAAAAUCCAGGGUUUUCGAGAUGUAGCACUGGCUUUCAAGGCAACUGGAGAACUAGUAGUACUAGUAAUAAUGCUUACAAUUAUCUGACAAGUUGUUCAUUUGGUGAUCAUCCACAAUCGUCCUGGAUUACUCGUACACUGAAAGAAGAUUGCCAACUCUAUAACAUCCGUGAGUCCUUGAAACCAGGGGAACUCAGCACAAGUUUCAACACCAACCAUGGCCCCUUUCAAGAUUCCGACACUGUAACCAAGAAUCUAGUACAAGAUCAGUUGAAGACGUUGAAACGAAAGGCUUCGGAUUGCCACGAUCUUGAUUUGGAUCUGUCUCUCAAGCUAACAUCAAGGAAGAAUGAUGAGGAUCAUACUCAUGAAGUUGAUAGUAGUCUGUCACUGUGUUUGUACUCACCACCCACGUCCUCAAAGCUCAGAAGUUUGAAGGAAUGAAGUUGAAUGAGAAAGA